AUGUAUCACUAUUCUACUCCUCCCGGGUGGACCACCUGUGACUACACCACCUCCCCACCCACCUCGCCGCACUAUGCGUACUACGCCUCGCAGUUUGCGAGUCCCUACGCCUCCCCUCGCGGUUCUGCCAAGCGUCACACCCGCAAGGCCAGCUACAGCGCCACUACCACUACCAGCAAGGAGCAUCCGGGGGCAUGGAAUCCGGUGUAUGGCCAUGGGUUCUACGAUGCGAUGCCUGAGUACGGCUCGCCGCGGAAGCACGACCAUGUUCCUAGCUACGACGAUGCCUCCACCACGGCCGACGCCGCUAAGCGAUCGCGCGCCCGUCGACAGUCCACCUCCACCCGCACCCCUUCCAAACCCAAGCCCAUGUCGCCCUCGACGCCGCCGCCCCGGAAGGCAACGGAGGAGGAUGCGCUGCGGGUAGGGAUCCCCCCGGGCUACUCGAUAAAGAACUGGGACCCUACGGAGGCGCCCAUCAUUCUCCUCGGCAGUGUCUUCGAUGCCAACUCGCUGGGCAAGUGGAUCUACGACUGGACCGUGUUCCACCAUGGCGCCUCCACUCCCAUGGCCGACGUCGCGGGCGACCUCUGGCUACUGCUGAUCAAGCUGGCGGGCAAGGUCAAGCGUGCCGACGAUUGUCUACCCCGCAUCCAGCGGUCCGAAGCGCAGGAGACGGUGGUGGAUUUCCUGGAGAGCGGCGAGCGGCUGUGGGGACGGGUCAAGAAGCUGCUCAAGGCGUGCGAGUCCUUCAUGUGGAAGGCCGCCAAGCGUGAGAGCGGCGGCAAGGGCGGCGUCUCCAUGGGACGCAACGCCGGCUGCGAGUUUGUCGAGUCGAUCUUCGGCCGCGACCGCGAGCUCGAGAACACGGAGAAGCUGAUGAACAGCAUUCGCCUGUGGAACAUGCGUUUCGACGCAAAUUGCGAGGAGAUUCUUCGUCGACCUUCGGCUUGA